GCGUAGCAUCACUUAUUGUGCAGGAAAGCAAAAGUACCGAGUCAAAAUGACGGUGUCUUGUUGUUUUUCUAUAUAUUUUAUCAUCGUCUUUAGUGGACAAUUAAACAUUGCUUCGGGAAGCAUUGACCAGGCUGGAUUUAUAAAGUAUGGCCGGUUGUACAACAUUGAUGGUCUGGUUUGUACCUCGAAUAGAACCGUGUUUAAGACAGACAAUGUGACAUCUGGGGUGGAAUGCGCUGUUCUAUGUUCGAACACUGAUAUGUGUUUCGCAAUAUCCUACAAUUCAGAAACAAGGAAAUGCACUGGUUGCAAUUACUUCGGUGAUAAUGAAACACUCAUCGAUGCUGGAACAAAGUUUUACAGUCGCAUAGGUUAUCGGCUCAUUCAACAACGGCUGAAUUGGAAAAAUGCAAAGGCGAAAUGCUCAGAACUAGGAGGCAGUCUGGUGUCAAUAAAGUCUCUACAACAACAUGAUUUUAUUGUUAGGAUUCUUAGUGGAUUCUAUGGCGUUGAUACUGAUUUACGUUUGUGGAUUGGGGGAAAUGAUAUGGCAACAGAAGGAACGUUCCUAUGGGAAGAUGGGACAGCCUUCCCUGAUACUCCAGACGCUACCAAAUGGGGCCCUGGAGAACCAAGCAACCAAUAUUCUCGAGAACAUUGUGUUCAAUUAUACAAUGAAGAUGGCGAAUGGUAUUGGAAUGAUGAUUGGUGUGUUUUUGAAUUGUCCAGCGUAUGUGAUAUGAAUUAAUGCAAUCAUAUCAAUAUUAUUCAUUUGUGUGCAAUAACUAUACCACUGACUAUUUAAUGUCACGAAUUUACACCUUUUUCAUCAAUUGACUUGUCGCUCACUUUAAUUAAGACAAAACGUUUUAAAGAGAACAUGCAUAUAUAUUACAUAAGAAUUAAACAAAAAAUAAUGUUAAUUUUAACAUGAAACUAAAGAAACACUUCACCUUAUAUAUAUAAUAAAACAUCAUUGAAAUUCACAAACUUUGACUAAGACAUAAAUGAUAAACCACACACCACUCGCUUUAAAUACUUAGACACGUUUUUUUAAUCAGAAUUAUUUAUCAAAAAUCUAAACAUAUGUUUGCAUGAAAAUACUGUAGUUAGUUGUUUAUAAACUUGAUCAGGAAAUAUUAAUGGUUUAUGUAUACUAUCAGCUCAUUGAUAAAAACAGUGUUUCUACAAGGAGGAUAUAUUAAAUUAUUAUUUCAAUCACCCCAAAACCGAUAUGUUAACACAUAUUUCCAAUAUAUAGAGGAUAUUAAAUUCGUGUAAGUUCAAUACUGAAUUUAUUACACGAGUUGAAUAAAAUUAUAUUAUAUAUAUCGCAAGAGGUUCGCAUAAUAUUAUUUUAUUCAACGAGUUCAAUAAAUUCAGUUAUGAACUUACACGAAUUUAAUAUUCUAUUUAUCACAUACCUAAAUAAAAAAAACGUUUAAAGUGAAAUAAAAGUCAUUUUCAAUGACGCGCCAAUAGUAUAACGUUAACAUUUAGCG